AGAGGGUAGACACGCUCGGUAUGUGCAUAUGUAUCCGUACCGCCGGCACGGCUCAUCGCGCCUGAGCCAUGUUCCCUGUCAUUUUGAGGUGUCUUUCUGCUUUGCCGAGACAAUGGUAUCCUUACCUGCCUCAACUCUCUUACCCACUCGUCUAUUUAGAUACCUUGCUUUAGUACUUGACUUCUUCACAAUCGAUCACUUCAUUCCUCAAACCAACCAGAUCGAUGGUCCAAAGUCGUCGAACAGCAAGACAUUCAUAGUACGCCUGUAACGCCAGGGCUGACAAUUUUCCUUGCUCGAUUCUUGCAGAUUUAUCUGUAUCACCAAGUUCCCCGUCACAAUCAACACCAUGGCACACAGCAAACGAAAUACGUCGCGUGCCGUCUUCACCUCUUACGAGCGUGAUAUGGCCAAGGCUGCAUGGGCAUCUAACUCAGCCCGUUUGUCGCGAGACUCUUUCCUCCCCUUUGGCUCCUGCUACCUCUGCCUUGAGAUAGCCAGGGACCCAGUCUCAUGUAGUCACGGCGACAUUUUCUGUCGAGAGUGCGCCGUAGCCAAUCUGCUCGCGCAGAAGAAGGAGAUCAAGCGCGAGGAAAAAGCCCGGGAGAAGGUUGAGCAGGCGACCUUGGAGGCGCAAGCACAACAGGAUGCCGAAGCCCAAGUACGCGCUGUCAAGGACUUUGAAAGUAUUCAAGCAGGGUUGAAACCAUCGUCUGCUGCGACGGCAUCUUCCUCAUCCAGUCUACCGACCAAAGUGACGGCAGCCGAGGGCGCUGACGCCAACCCCACCAGAGACAUUCAGAUCACAAAGAGAAAAUUUAUGCUGGACCAGGACGAGCUGGACAGAAUCGCCAAGGAGGAUCGCACGAAGGCCAAAAAGUUGAUUAAAGACGAGAAAGCAUCCAAGGAGAGUAUACCGUUCUUCUGGACACCAUCGCAAACACCGGACGCCAAUGCAGCCCGUCUGGCAGAGGGUUUGGCAGCCGCUCCCAAGAAGAUUAAGCUUGCGCCCAUCUGCCCGGCUUCGGCAGACGAUUCCCGGCACUCCUUGUCACUCAAGAGCCUCACUCCGCUCCAAUUCAAAGAAGAGCUCGACACGAAAAUCAAUGCCAGCCGGCGCAUCUGCCCGUCCUGCGUCAAGACACUCGGCAAUGCCUCGCGACCUCUCAUGGCCGAGAAGUGUGGCCACGUCAUUUGCCGCAACUGCGCCGUGAAGUUUAUGACUCCACAAGAAAAUGCUUGCUAUGUUUGCGAUGCUAGGCUUCCGGCAGCCCGUCCAGACAAUAAGCAGAAAGAGCCCAAGCAGGAGUUUGCUGGGUUGAUAGAACUCAGAUCCGAGGGCACUGGCUUCUCUGCUCGGGGAGCAAGCAAAGUUGAAAGGAGCGGCGUCGCUUUCCAAUGCUAAAACCAUCAUGCCCAUGACCUACGCAUCAUGGCUGAUAUGAAUUGGAGACGGCACCGUCCAUGCGCUGUUCGUUAAAAUGACUGUCUUGCAUGCUCGAGCAUGCUCUCAGAGGCAGUCAUGGAGCACUGAACCCUCGUAGCCUCGGAACGACGAGAAAAUGAACAGAAACCCUUUCAUCGAAG